AUGGCUUUACUCUACCUCAACACUCUGCAGAGCGCGUCGCUUUUACCGAGUCUCUAUUUAUAUCAUUGUAUUGACCAACUCAAUGAGCUGUAUCGCAUGGAACUCAAUGUCCAUUUGGACUUAUAUAAUAGUUCCCGAAACCUAAAUGCAAUUGCAACAGGAAGCGUUCCUACACUCUGGUUGCAUUCACUGGAACCGCAAUCGGUUUUGCGGGGUAACUUCAGCGAAAAAACCUUAACAAUCGUUUAUUUGAAGGAUGGGAAAAAUUUGGCCCUAAUUGUGGACUUUCUGGGCAAAUGGUCGUGGGAGGAGCAAUACCGGAAUGUGAUUUUUAUCUAUCCCAAGGCUAGUUCCGAUGAACUAAUGGCGCUCUUUAAAGUUUGCUGGCGUCAAGGCAUGGUUCAAAUACUAGCUGUGCUGCCUUAUCAGGAGAAGCUCUACAGCUUCCUGCCCUAUCCAAAUGUGCAUUUAUUACCACUAGAGGACGUGCAGCAGUUUUACGAUCGCACCCGUAAAGAGCUGUGCAAUUUGCAAGGCUACACCAUCAACAUCGCCAUAUUGUCCCACUCGGCACCAUUUGCCUUCAUCUUUAGGAAUCGUAAGGGCAACGUUGUCUACGCAGGAUAUAUGCUAAGGAUGCUGCUCGAUUUUAUACGCCACUAUAAUGGAAGCGCCAGCAUGAAGUAUGUAUAUAGAAUCGAGGAUGCUACCGCAGCCCUAGGAAGAAGAGAUGUCGAUUUUCUGCCAUUUCUUCUCGCCCGUACAGAAAACUUUACGGGCAGUGUUGUCCUCUGGAUGGAGAAUCUAUUCGUAAUGGCACCAGUAGCACGCCCCCUGCCCAAGUAUAUGUAUCUGAUCAAACCUUAUUCGAUGCAUACCUGGUUGAUCUUCUUGACGAUGAUCGUCUAUUGCAGCCAUGCUUGGAAUUUCUUGCAUCGUGGGCGAUUAAGUCGUAGCUCUGCAUUCCUUCAAAUCCUUCGAUAUACCCUGUUCUUGCCACCAGGCACGCACAUGGAAAAACUACCUGGGGCACGUCGUCUCUUCGUGCACAUAAUGUUCAUCUUAGCGGGUUUUGUGUUCACUAACCUCUAUUUGGCCUUACUCUCCAGCAUGCUGGCAACGGGCCUGUAUGAGCGACAGCUCAAUAGUUUUGAUGACUUGGCGGACACAAAUCUACAAUUGGUUCAAUAUGCGGGUGAUAUGAAGUUUAAGCUGGCUAUUCCGGAUCUGCAUCCGGAGUUGGCCAAGCGAAUGGUCACUAUACCAGAGGAAAUGGUGGAUGUGUAUCGUCGAGGCCUGAAUACAAGUGUUCUGCAUACCGGCUUCGAGGAUCGCAUUGACUUUGCAUUCUAUCAGCAGAAGUUUCUGCGAAUCCCAUUAAUGCGCAAAAUGCCGGUGGCUAUUUAUCAGCAACCCUUCUAUAUACCCAUGGCUUAUGACAUUCCCUACAUUCAGCUUUUCAACUGGUAUGUGCGACGCAUAUUUGAGGGAGGCCUCCUACUCAAGAUUAAGAGCGAUUGUUAUGAGCAUGGCAUUCAGAGCGGGGACCUGCAAUUCAUCAAGACGCGUAAUUUGGAGGUGGACUCGAAUAGCUUGGAAUAUUAUUAUUUUAUGUGUGUUUUUUGGGCGGCGGGCAUGCUGUUGGCACUACUAUUAUUCAUAUGCGAGUGUUUAUGGAAAUCCGUUCACAACCAAUCUUAA